AUGACGGUGCCCAUGAACAUCGGAGCACUGUUGCAAUCAGAAAUAAUAGAGGACGCGCACGACAAAGAUGAAGGCGUUCCUGUAUUGGGCAUAUUUGGGAAAAGCGCGAUGCAACCGGGAUCAACAAAAUAUUCUCUAAACAUUUUAGGAGAAAAACAUAUUUUUUCUCUCUUCGGGAGCAACGACACUGACAGCCCGGGCAGAGGAGCAUCGAUCCAGUCGUAUUAUAAUCAGGAUAACAGUGUACUUUAUCUGGUAUUAACAUCUGUUUUAGAUAACUGCCAGCUAAUUCGGGCGUGCGAAUCGUUAACAGUGGGUUUGGGUCAUGCAGAAUCGCAUGAGGUUUGGAAGGCGGCUGAGAAAGAUCACUGUUUGCAGCUGCUGUAUCUGUUCUCACUGUGUCAUGUUCUUCUCCUGGUGCAUCCAACAUGUUCGUUUGACGUUACUUAAAAUAGAAUGUUUCGCGCUUUGGACGCGCUACGUCAAAAAGCGCUUCCACAGAUGCGCGCCGAGAUCAAAGAUUUGCCCGUCUCCAAAGAAUGGAAAUUAAACUGUCGGCCGUGCCCUCCACGCCUGCUGUUCGUGUUCCAGAUGAACGGAGCACUCAGAGUGAGUUUCUCUGACAUGGUUGGCAAUGGCUUGGACUGCACGCACUCCCCUAGAAUGCGGCUGCAGCAGGAGGGUCAGAUAUACAGGAUAUUCCGGAAAAGUCGUGUACUUACCAACCAGAGUAGUAACCGUCUAUUUACAGUGCCUGCCAACCAGGCUUUUGUUUAUGUAGUGCCAGGACCAGAUAAGGACCCCAUCAGUUCUCUGCUGGGACACCUGCAGUCCUACUGUGUCCUGAGAGAGUAUGAAAGGCGCUACCAACAGAUGCGUAACUCUAAUAGGCAGCCCUCUUUUCAUGUGGAAAGCAGUAGCCUGUAUUCAGGGGGUCAGUUAGUGGAUUGCACCUUCAAGGAGUUUCUUUGGCAGCACGUGGAGCUGGUACUGACUAAGAAAGGCUUUGAUGAAGGUGUAGGUCGCAAUGCGCAUCCCUCACACUUCGUGUUACCAACCUAUUCCAAAUGGGUGCAUGUUGCAUACAGACUUUAUCAGGUCUUGAUAGAGAACAGUGAAGAUGAAGCAGCAGAGCUCUCCUUCAAGGUGCAGGGGCAGUUCAAGGAGGGAUUUCUUGAUGCAGAUGCAAAUUUCUCAGAAAACAGGUGUCAGAAAGCCUUGCCCUUGACUCACAGUGCGUAUCAGUCAAACCUUCCCCAUAAUUACACCACAACAGUGCAUAAGAAUCAGCUGGCACGGGCAUUAAGAGAGUACAGCCAGCAUGCAAGAGGAAUCGCCUUCCAGAGAUAUGCCUUACAGCUUCAUGACGAUUGCUACAAAUUCUGGAGUAAUGGACAUCAGCUCUGUGAGGAGCGCAGCCUGACAGAUCAGCACUGUGUGCACAAAUUUCAUCUGCUUCAAAAGCCAGGGGAGAAGCCAGAAAUGGACCAUAACCCACCUAUUCUGCACCACAAUAGCAGGGGUCGGUCUACAAGUUCUUGUAACUGUGGCAGGAAGCAGUCCCCCAGAGAAAAUCCAUUUGCCAUACAGGCUGCCAACUUUGACUUCUAUCAGAUUCUUGAGGAGAAAUGCUGCUGUAAACUGGAGAGGAUACAUUUCCCUGUGUUCCAAGCCAGCACACCUGACCCAGCCCCUGCCAGUGACGAGGCACCCAGUCCUGGAGAGGUACGUCCAUCAGGGGAAGCUGAUCAUCUGAAGGAGAAAGAGACUAGUACUAACACUCCAGGUGAUAGCACAAGUCUGAUCUAGUCUAGUUUGGGCCAGUCUACUGACAGCCUUGCUACAUAUGGUGAUUGAGCAGAAGGUCAGGAGAAAGACAGACAGCCUUCCACAGUGGAGUAUCUCCCCGGCAUGCUUCAUUCCGCCUGCCCCAAGGGACUGUUGCCUAAGUUCUCGAGUUGGUCUCUUGUUAAACUCGGUCCAGCUAAGGCUUACAACAGCCUCAUCAGUUUAGAGCAACCUGGUUUCCUCCCUGGCUCUUCUUUUCUCCUUCUGUGGGAUGUUGUCAUACAAAGCCGGUUAGAGGAAGAUGUGGGAUCGAUGGAGCCUUUGGAUGGGUGUCCAGCCUCAUGGCCAACCCCAAAUAAAGCAUCUGCUGGAAAAGCGCAGCAGUGCUGGGGAAUGUGAUGAGGCCGCAGACGGGAUGAUGUUGCUCGUGCAUUCAUUGGUUUUGAGUAUGAGGACAGUAGAGGGCGCUGCUUCCUUAGUUCUGUGCUUGAUAAAAUAGUGAAAGUGCUUGGAGAAGGUGGGCCAAAGGAACCAGCAACCAGAUGCUUGAAUUCAGAAAUGCCUUUGUACAUUCUCUCUACAGCUCAAGGCAGAGGGAUCAAGCCACACUUUGCUCAGCUAAUUCGUCUUUUUGAUGUGGUCCCUGAUGCUCCUCUUGAGAUUUUCCUUAACCCAUAGGUCCAGCCAGGCUCCCCUUCUUGUCCCAUCUUCCAUCCGGAGCAACCCAAGGUUGUGCUGCCCCCUAAUGGACUCUGGGUGCUACGCUUCCCUUAUGCCUACGUGACAGAUGAGAACCAGCUACUGGCAAACUUCAGGGUGCUGAGAGGCAUGCUGCAUGCCAACACAACUAGUUCAACUCCACAGUAG